UCCCCAUCUCAACAGCCAGUCCUAAAUCUUUCUUCAAGAGACAAGGCCACGUCAUCCACACCCCGGGUGGGACGAGGGGCAGGAGGCAAAGCCCCACCUCGGGAGCAGGCAGCACCUCAGCCAAGGCCCUCGCAGUCCCGCAUGCCCCGCCCCACCCCGAGAGGAGUGGGGACGCACGCAGCCCGGCCUGCACCCCAAUGCCUGGAGGGACAGCCUGCUGUGCAGCUGACCUGAGGAAUCCAAAGACUGCUGCACUGCUGUGCGCGCGUCUGAUCCAGAACAUCCCCUGAGUUAUAUUAGGAGGGACCUGGGUUUGGGUCCUAACUUAUUGCGUGACCUGCUCUGGUCCCCUCUUGGAAUCUGUUUUUCCAUUUCUGCAGUGAAAGGGCUGACUAAUGAUUUACAAGGAUGUUUCCUGCUCUGAAACUCUGUCUUGGAGUCUAGAUUUCCACGUGACAUUGGAGAAGUCUGGCGGAGACAAGGGAAUCUGAAAUGCCAGUGGCUCUGGACCCGGCUCUCUGCUCAGCCUAGCUCAUCUUUGCCUGAGACUUGGGAGUGAGCCCCGGCUCCCCGGACGCGCCUGGCUUUGCACCUACUCCUCCCUCUCCCACAUACUCACCAAAGGGAAUUUCUCUUCUACAGCACAUCCCUGCAGGGCACCAGGGCCCUUGUCCCCGACCCAGAGGCAGCCAUGGGGGCCUGUGCCGUGGUGACUGACGCCAACAUCUCAUCCGGCCUGGAGAACAACAUCACAGGCCUCACAGCCUUCUCCAUGCCCGGCUGGCAGCUGGCACUGUGGGCCGCAGCCUACCUGGCUCUGGUGCUGGUGGCUGUGACAGGCAACGCCACAGUCAUAUGGAUCAUCCUGGCCCAUCAGAGGAUGCGUACAGUCACCAACUACUUCAUUGUCAACCUGGCCCUGGCCGACCUCUGCAUGGCCGCCUUCAAUGCCGCCUUCAACUUUGUCUACGCCAGCCACAACAUCUGGUACUUUGGCCGUGCCUUCUGCUACUUCCAGAACCUCUUCCCCAUCACAGCCAUGUUUGUCAGCAUCUACUCCAUGACCGCCAUCGCCGCCGACAGGUACAUGGCCAUCGUCCACCCCUUCCAGCCACGGCUCUCAGCGCCCGGCACCAGGGCAGUUAUUGCUGGCAUCUGGCUAGUGGCCCUGGCCCUCGCCUUCCCCCAGUGCUUCUACUCCACCAUCACCAUGGACCAGGGUGCCACCAAGUGCGUGGUGGCCUGGCCCGAAGACAGCGGUGGCAAGACACUCCUUUUGUACCACCUCGCGGUGAUCGCCCUCAUUUACUUCCUUCCUCUCGUGGUGAUGUUCGUCGCCUACAGUGUCAUCGGCCUCACACUCUGGAGACGCACUGUUCCCGUGCACCAGGCUCACGGCGCCAACCUGCGCCACCUGCAGGCCAAGAAGAAGUUCGUGAAGACCAUGGUGCUGGUGGUGGUGACGUUUGCCGUCUGCUGGCUGCCCUACCACCUCUACUUCAUCCUGGGCAGCUUCCAGGAGGACAUCUACUGCCACAAGUUCAUCCAGCAGGUCUACCUGGCGCUCUUCUGGCUGGCCAUGAGCUCCACCAUGUACAACCCCAUCAUCUACUGCUGCCUCAACCACAGGUUUCGCUCUGGAUUCCGGCUUGCUUUCCGAUGCUGCCCAUGGGCCACACCAACCGAGGAGGACAAGAUUGAGCUGACUCAUACUCUCUCCCUCUCCAGGAGGGUCAAGAGGUGUCACACUAAGGAGACUUUGUUCAUGGCUGGGGAUGUGGUCCCCUCUGAAGCUGCCAGGGGGCAGGCUGAAUGUCCCCAAGAUGGAGUGUCUACUGAACCCUGAAGCCUUGUACCUGCCUGCAGGGUGAGACUUAGUACCCUUGAGAAGUAGCCAGUCAAGAGGACCACACCUGAAAGUUUGGCCCAUGCCUCACCCUUCAGUACAUCAAUGGAAAAACAAGAUGAGGCCAGGAACUCUGCAGAGAUGCUGACUUUCCCAGCCACCCCUUUCAGACAGUGCUUCAGGGGAUCCAUUAAGAGUCAGAGAAGACAGUGGGAACUCACAUUUACCAAAUAUAGGAGUUGCAAGUUCAAGUGCCUUCCUGGGGCAUAAGACAUAUGAGUAAAUUGGAUCCAAUAUAGGAGAAAAAAUGUAAAUGUGAUGAUAAAAGGUAACUGACUUCCAGUGUUUGGGGCAAUAGGGAAUGGUGGGACUGUGGCAAACUGGAGGGUCUAGGCACCCAAAGGGACAGCAGCUGAUCAGCUCUGGAAAAAUGCUGUCACGUAGCUGGGAUCCCAUUGUUGCCAGAGCCUCUAAAUCUUUCAAAAGAAACCAGAAAUCCAAAUUUAUGGAACUUCCAGACUUGUUAACUUUGGCUCACAUUUUUAUAAAUGUUGGGUAAACCAAACAAAACACAUCUGUGGACAGCACCCAGCCAUGACAGUGAUUCAUUAUCAGGCUAAAGACACAAGAGAGAAUGCUUCUUAUUUUGCAAAGCCUGUGAGUCAAUCCAGGGCUUCUCUGCCUCAGCAUCUAAGAACCUAGAUCCGCCCCAGCAUAGGUGGUGGUUAAGAGUCAAAAGGAGCCUCAGCUGGGUGGCCUCAUACAAGUCACCAUGACCCUCAGCCUCUCCCUCUUUCAAUGACAAAACUACCUCUCAGGGAUGCUGUGGGUAUGGGAGUGAUGCCUAUGAACUGGCAGGCCAAACGCAGAUGAAGUGCUUCAGAAACAGCAGCCAUGCUUGUAUCACUACUAAGCCAGCCGUUUUACACGAAUGCCUCCUGCAAGCCAACAACGCAGCUCUCACCCUGACUUCUGCAGCAAGAAGGUGCCAGGCAGAGAACGCCAACUGUCCAGGCUCCUGGAAAGCCCUAGGCCUGGCCCAGUCACCCCGCUUGCUGACCCACUCUUCAUGCCUCAGUGCGUCGCCAAAAGAACCACAUAACGCUGUCAGUGCACACCCAGAGUUUUCCACAAAAUCACUGUGCCAUAGGCACCGGCAGGGCCAAAUAAAGGGACUCUGUUCUCACCAAA